AGAAAUAAAACAAGCAAUAUGAAGAAAUAUCACCAAUUAAUAUUGUUAAUAUUUUCUAUAAUCAGUUUGGUUCUAUUUUUAAUUUACCGUCACGAAUACAAUCGUUUACAUUAUGUAUUGGAAGUAUUUAAUUUCUUUGGACAGCCUUGCAAUUUUUCCGAUUUACAAACCACCGAUUUUAUAUUGAGACAGCAGGAUUGGGGCCCGCAACCGAUGUGGCAAGAAACUGAUAAUGGGUACGUUUAUUCAGCUUUUUUAACUGGUAAAAUGAAAAUCAAAGCUAUUGCAUUACCUAGAGAUUCAAAUAAGUUGCCUAAAAAUUGUUAUAUUUGGUUGGAAGAUAAGAAAAAGCCCAUUUCUGGAAAGUUUAGUUAUUCGAAAAUAGUAGACGGCGGUGGGAGUUCAUUAGUACCUCAUUUUUAUUACUGUUCUGCAGAGAUAAUUGAUAAUACACCAUUUGCUGUAUCGUUUACUUCGGUGGUAAAGAAGGAAGUUAAUAUGAAGAAAAUAUUGUUAACAGAUGUAACUGGUAGUAGAAAUUUAAAUAUAAAUACAACAAUAUGCGUUUUACCCUCUAAUUUUAGUAAAAAAAAGUUUGUAGAAUUUUUUAGUUUCCACAGGCUUUUAGGUGUAGAUUCGUUUAUUUUCUAUAAUAAAGAUAUUCCUUAUAGACUAUCGAAAUUAAUGAUUAAUUUAUCAAAUAGGCUUGAUGUUCAAUUAGCUUUUUUACCUUGGAAUUUUCCAAAAAUUGACAUAUUUAUAACCCGUGUUAUUAUUGAAAACGACUGUUUGCUACGCACACAUAGCAGGUCUAAUUUCGUAGCAAUCCUAGAAUAUAAUGAGUACAUUGUACCAACAAUUUCUUACAGUAUUAACGAUAUUGUUAAAGAUUUAAAAGAUAAUGUUUAUAAAUUAAGUUUACCAGUCCAAAAAUUUUGUAUAAACAAUGCAAAUGUUAAUAAACCACUAGCUUUGCAAAACUUUGAAGUAGCAACUGAUGCGCGUUUCAAUUCUGUUCAUUUUGUGUUUAAUAAUGUUAAUAAUAAUGCUGUUGAUACAAAUAAUUUAGAUAGAACAAAAGCUUCAAUACACAAGUAUGUUAAAUGUGAGAAUAAUAUUAAAACCACUACCGAUUUUAGUAUGAAUAAGUUUUCUACUGAUUUUAUUCGAUCUACUUUGGUUCAACUUCUUAUACACAAUCAACUUUGAAUAUACAAUGUAACAAAUUUUAAUUAAUAAAAAAAUACACUUUAAGUUUCAUUGUUUCUCUUCCUGGUGAUUAUAUUCCAUAAAAAGGGUGGAUUUAUGAAGCCAGUGGCGUAGCAAGGGGGGUUUUAGACCCAGACGCGAACCCAGAUGAUUUUGAAAUUCAAAAAGUUAAACUAGAUAAGAAAAUUAUUAUAUCUUUUAAAUAACCUUAAUUAGUUUUAAAAACCCCCUGGCUGCGCCACUGUAUGAUGCACAGGUGGUUUUGUGACGGUAGGUAGCAAUAAUAAUAUUUUUCUACACCCGUAUUAUAAUAAUGCACUUAUAUGCCCAAAAUCCGUUUCAUAAUGAUACCCAUUAUGAUACAGAUUUUUCAUUAUGAUA